UAAAUACCCUCUAUCUGAGUCCAGCAUUGCGUUUGUCGUUGGCAUUGGAGAGCUCCGAACGCUCCUCGCCUCUGCCCUUCAAAAUUUUCUGAGCUUCCUUUGCCCUUCCUUUUUUCAGUCAGUACAUAGUCUGAGAAGGAGAGGAAAGGCACCUGAGGAAUAAGAGUUUGAUUAGCUUUGUGUAACAAAUGGAAUCAGGAUCUGGUGAUUGAUUAAAGACGAGAUAUGCCGUUAGUUCAGGAACUGCAAUUUGGUCUUCAGCAUAGUCAUAACAUGGAGAUUCGACAGGGUCGUUCCGUAGGAACGUUGGUACAGAACCAUGAGCCUAAUAUAGACUUAAGGGCAGUGGAUGAUAAUGAGAUGGGUUUAGGACAGGGUAUCAGUCACAGUUAUUUUCUUGUUCCGGCAAUUGACCAGGCAAUGGAUCUUCCACAUGGCCAGGAUGGUGAAUAUUAUAAUGAGUAUGAUCAAGACAGCAAGCAUGAGAACAAGGGUGAUGUGGUUGAUCAUAGAGCAUUGAAUGGUGAAAUUGGAGAAUCAAGAAUCAAUGAAGAUGAUAGUGGGGGACUCCACCAUAACAGACAAUUGGCUCUUACCUCACAGGGCGAUGAAUUGGGUUUUGCAGAGGAUAAUGAUUUGGCUGUUAUGGAGAACCAUGACAUUGACAAUAACAUGGAUCUUAUUGUCCAUCAGAACUCUGAAGUGGGUGCCAUCUCCACCCCUCAAUCUUCUGGUCUGCAGCCUCAAUUUGUGAUCACUUCUCCUAUUGUUCAAUCCCGUACAGAACUUCCUGCUCCCAUGCAAGAACUAACUGUCGGGCAAGAGUUUCCUGAUGUGAAGAGUUGUCGUCGGGCAUUGAGGGACAUGGCAAUUGCCCUGCAUUUUGAGAUACAGACAGUUAAGUCGGACAAGAAUCGUUUCACUGCCAAAUGUGCUAGUGAGGGAUGCCCGUGGCGAGUUCAUGCUGCUAAGCUUCCUGGUGUUCCCACUUUUACCAUUAGGACCAUUCAUUCAGAGCAUAAAUGCAGUGGAAUAGCUCAUCUUGGUCAUCAGCAAGCCUCUGUUCAGUGGGUUGCUUGCUCUGUUGAAGAACGCCUCAAGGAAAACCCACAUUGCAAGCCGAAAGAGAUACUUGAGGAGAUUCAUCGUGUUCAUGGUAUAACUCUGUCAUACAAGCAGGCAUGGAGAGGAAAGGAGCGUUUCAUGGCAUCUCUUCGUGGUUCAUUUGAAGAGGAUUAUCGCCUUUUGCCACAAUAUUGCAACCAAGUAAGACGAACAAAUCCGGGGAGUAUAGCAUCAGUUUGUGUCAAUCCGUUGGACAAUAGCUUCCAGCGCCUAUUUAUUUCAUACCAGGCAUCAAUCUAUGGGUUUCUGAAUGCUUGUCGGCCUCUUAUUGGACUUGAUAGGAGCUUUCUGAAAAAUAAGUACCUUGGAACCCUGCUUUUCGCUACAGGUUUUGAUGGAGAUGGGGCACUUUUCCCUUUAGCAUUUGGUGUUGUUGACGAAGAGAAUGAUGAAACCUGGAUGUGGUUUCUUUCUGAGCUGCAUAACCUUCUUGAUACUAACACUGAAAACAUGCCAAGGCUUACAAUCUUGUCCGAUAGGCGAAAGAGCAUUGUUGAUGCAGUAGAGUUGAACUUCCCAACUGCUUUUCAUGGAUUUUGCAUGCUUCAUCUUAGUGAGAGCUUCUGCAAGGAGUUCAACAAUACCCUUCUUGUCAACCUUCUCUGGGAAGCUGCCAAUGCUCUUACUGUCAUAGAAUUCGAGGCAAAACUUUUGGAGAUUGAAGAGAUAUCCCAAGAUGCUUCCUAUUGGGUACGGCGUGUCCCACCUCGCUUGUGGGCCAAUUCACACUUCGAGGGGACACGUUUCGGUAACCUGACAGCCAAUGUUGCUGAGUCACUCAACGCUUGGAUUCUUGAAGCUUCUGGGCUCCCAAUAGUUCAGAUGAUGGAGUGUAUCCGUCGGCAGCUCAUGACUUGGUUUAAUGAGCGGCGUGAAGCCAGCACACAGUGGACAUCAGUAUUGGUUCCUUCUGCUGAAAGGCAAGUCUCCGAGGCUCUUGACCGUGCACGAACCUAUCAAGUCCUCCGAGCAAAUGAAGCUGAGUUCGAAGUUAUAUCCCAUGAAGGAACCAAUAUCGUGGACAUCCGCAACCGCUGUUGCUUAUGUCGAGGGUGGCAGCUAUAUGGACUUCCAUGUUCUCAUGCUGUGGCAGCUCUCCUUUCUUGUAGGCAGAAUGUUCAUCGAUUUGCUGAGAGUUGUUUUACAGUGGCUACUUAUCGCAAUGCAUACUCUCAGACUAUACAUCCUAUUCCUGAUAAAACGCUCUGGCGGGAGAUGUCUGGAGGGCCAGAAGCUGAAGAUUCUACUGAAGACAUCAUUGUGAACCCACCUAAGUCACUGAGGCCACCCGGCCAGCCAAGAAAAAGACGAACUCAAACUGGAGAUCGUGGUCAGUCAAAACGCGUUGUGCACUGUAGCCGCUGUUGCCAGACUGGCCAUUUUAGGACGACCUGUGCCACACCUAUAUAGAUGGCCGAGUGUAGGAUUUGUGGGUAUCUUGUUCUCCCUGUAAAGAAUAGGCUCUUGGGAAGCAAAGUUGUCUGAGCAAGUAAUUAGGGAUGUCGUUUCUCUUUUGUAUUCAGAUGGAUUAGUUUUGGGGACAGAUUUACAGAUGCUGUUCAGCAACUUGGGUUGGUGCUUCAGUUGCAUAAACUACAGCUAUUUAGACCGAGUUGAUGAAAAUUUCCAUGAGGAUAUUUUGUACUUUGGAUAAGGUAGCAAACUUCAAACUGAUGGCGAAUGCACCCUGCUGGUUGGACCAGGAUAACAACAAUCUCAAACUACAUGGUGUAUUUUGUGUUAGCUUAGCCCGUUUCUAAUUACUAGUCUACCCUAUAUUUGUUUUCCUUAAGCCAGAUAGUAGAA